UCGAGUUACAUACAGACAACAUUUUGCUCAAAAACGUUGGAUACUAAAAAAGGUCGAAAACGACCAACAAACUGACCAAGACGCAAAAGAAAACCCGGAAGCGGUCAUAAAUCGUCACUUCCGCUAGCAAUAGCAUGCAUUUCCUCCUGUGUGACGAUGAAACAAAUUUUGAAGCCACGUUUUUUGACAGUGAUGUGCAACUAGUUUGUGUUCGCCGCUCGUUAUUGUAAUGACAACUAACCCGUGAUCUAUUUGAUACAAGUUCCGCGGUAUAGGAGGCGCAUUCGACACCAUCGGACCCAACUUUCAGCAAGUUGCACCCGCGACCCGCCAAAAAUCCAGCGAGGUACGUGAUCCAUUUUGUCAUACGCCAUCGUCCGGUGAGCGACCAUGAGUGGCGGCUUCAACUUCGGUCAGCCUUCCACGGGCUUUUCUUCCGGCGCCGCAAAGACCACAGCUCCAGCGGCACCCAUUGCGAGCUUCGGCCUGACAACGUCCACUCCCGCAGCCGCUGGAAGCAGUGGCGGCGGCGGCUUCUCUUUCGGAUCGUCCGCGCAGACCGCCGUGAGUAGUAACCCGAGCGGCGGUUAUAGCUUCGGCACCCCAGUUAAGACCACCACUGCCGCCGGGAGCCUCACGUUCGGGACCCCCACCACCACUACAUUCAGCCUGGGUUCAACUUCUCAACCCACCCCGACUGCGGGUCUCACUUUGGGCUCCGUAGCGACACCGGCGACUUCGUCGUCUGGUUUCAGCCUGGGUUCGGGCUUGACUGCACCUGCGGGGGGAGGAUUCUCUUUCGGGACGGCAACCCAAGCCCCAGCUCAAACCCAGCCGGCAGCAGCAGCAGCAGCACCCACUACAAGUGCACCGGGAGGCCUCACAUUUGGAGGUUUUAGCUUCGGUGGAAACAAGGUACAAGUCACCCCAGCGGCAGCCACAACAAGCGUGCCGGGGGGCGGCUUCUCUUUAGGUUCAAGUGUCGCUCCAAGCCUCACACUGGGAGCCCAGACCACCUCCACAACGGUAGCUUCAGCUCCACAGGCUGGAGGUUUCAGCCUGGGAAUUAAACCCUCAUCAACUCCAGCUCCCCCUGCAGUGACCCAGGUGGCUCCAUCUCUGUUCAUGACCCCAACGACAUCAACUGCCACUGUGAUGGGUUCUGGUUUUACUUUCAGUGGAACUGCGACGCCAGCUGCGGCUCUCGCUGCGACGACCACCGCAGCCAGCGGAGGCCUGUCCUUUACGCUUAAACCUCUCGGAGCAGUGACCUCCAGCACCGCCGCGCCCUCCAUCGCCUCGGCCGCGACCACCACAUCGGCUUUCUCUCUGGGACUCAAACCGGUCAUCACCACGACCGCAGCUACUGUAGCCACCACCCUGCCAACCACCGCCGCUCCUGCCGUGAUGACCUACGCCCAGCUGGAGGGCCUCAUAAACAAGUGGAGCCUGGAGCUGGAAGACCAAGAGAGAUAUUUCCUCCAGCAAGCCACUCAGGUCAACGCGUGGGACCGCAUGCUGGUGGAAAACGGCGAGAAGAUCACGUCCCUUCACAAGGAGAUGGAGAAGGUGAAGCUGGACCAGAGGAGGCUCAACCAGGAGCUGGAUUUCAUCCUGUCCCAACAGAAGGAGCUGGAGGACUUGCUGUGCCCGCUGGAGGAGUCGGUGAAGGAGCAGAGCGGCACCAUCUACAUGCAGAACGCCGACGAGGAGCGCGAGAGGACGUACAAGCUGGCGGAGAACGUGGACGCGCAGCUCAAGAGGAUGUCGCAGGACCUGAAGGAGAUCAUCGAGCACCUCAAUACGUCCAGCGGCCCGGCCGACACCAGCGACCCGCUUCAACAAAUCUGCAAAAUCCUCAAUGCCCACAUGGAUUCCCUGCAGUGGAUCGACCAGAAUUCGGUUCUCCUGCAGAGACGAGUGGAGGAGGUGUCCAAACUGUGUGACAACCAACGCAAAGAGCAGGAGAAGACCUUUCGUUUAGCGUUUGACUGACACACAAAAAAAAAAAGAAAAGAAAAAAAACACACUUUUCAGCGUUUAUUGUCAAAAUAUUUUUGCCUUUGUAGGCAGUAGUGUUCAUCAUUAUUGGCGUUUACUUUUUUGUUGUUGUUGUCAGGUAUCAUCCAGGACGCUUGAUUUUCAAGUUUGUUUUUUUCUAAGACCUUAUCUCUCUUCAUGUCAAUGUUCCAAAUAUCAAAUCAAUGUUUUAAUAAGAUAUUUUUGGAUGAAUAAAAUAAAUUGAUAAAAAAAUAAUGGUCACUUACAGGAUAUUUAAGUUACAAACACAUUCACAAAUCAAAUUACUGGGCAGAUGGAGAACUGCAACCAUUAACACUGACUGACAUUGGACAGUCAUCAGGUGAGUGAAUCACUACAUCGUCAGGCUGUGAACUGUAUUCAGGCCGACUUGUGAAUUUACCGGCAUAGUUUUAGCAUGAGUUUUAUUAACGCAUGUGUAAAUGUGUUGAGCAGAUGUAGGUAAAGCAUCGUCAAUGCAAAAAAUAAAAUAGCGGCAAAGUCCAAUUUUGAAAAAUAUUUUUUAUUCCAGUUGACAAUUUAACAUUUACAUUAUGAAAUAAUCUAAUUCGGGACAUUUUGCUACAUCCUUUUAGUUUCACAUGAAGAAUGACUUUCAGUGACGAUGCUACCCUAAAAAUAUAAAACAAGCAAACAUUUAUUCAGAGGUGAGUCGCCUGUGAUGUUUGAUGUUUAAAAAA